CUUGCCGCCAUCCUGCCAAUAGCAGUCUCUCCUCUGACCUUGAUCAAACCAGCACAGCUUGUGGCCAUGGAGAGCCGCAGUCCUUCACCUCCCUUGGACCCCGUUGCGGGCGUCACGGAGGAUCUCGUUUCACUACCAAACUCAAAGACGGCCGGCGACACAAACAUCGACUUUGACGGACUGCUCGCACAGUCUAUCAAGCUCCACGAGGACGUGCGGACAGGCUGCGGCGGCCAGACGUGGCCUGCGGGCAUGGUGCUGGGGAAGCACAUGCUGCGCUACCAUAGAGCCACGCUGGAGACUGCCCGGAUACUGGAAUUGGGCGCUGGUGGUGGACUAGUUGGAUUGGCUGUGGCGGCUGGUUGUAACCUCCAGGCGCCACUCAUCUUAACCGACCAGGAUGUGAUGCUGGAGCUGAUGAAGCAUAAUAUUCAGCUGAACGAGCUGGAGGGCAAAGCUACGGCCUCAAUAUUGGACUGGGGCGAGACGCUUCCAGAGGCCGUUGUGGCGCACAAGCCGGACGUGAUAUUGGCAGCUGAAUGUGUUUACUUCGAGCCGGCCUUCCCGCUACUCAUGCAGACGCUCAAGGACCUGUUUGAGCUCAAUUCGGAUGCCGUGGUGUAUUUCUGCUUCAAGAAGAGGAGACGAGCCGACAUGCAGUUUGUCAAAGCAGCCAAGAAGGCGUUUGUGGUCGAGGAGAUUUUCGACGAGGACAGGCCCGUGUUUCAGCGAGAGUCACUGUUCCUCUUCACAUUUAGAAAGCGGGCAGCCGGUGGCACCACUGCGAGCAAAAAGAAGAGCGGCAUGAUGGCAGCCAACCACAAUGGCCUAAUCGAAACCGAAAGAUGAUGCCACACAACAGCGGACAGAAGAUGUCUCUCCGUGAUUGGACCCGACUCCUCUUUUUUCUUCCGUGGUAUUGGACAUUGGCUGCACGAGUCCCAUCGGCGGUUGCACCAAGCAGAGAAUCAGCAUCCAGAGAAGGGAGACCGGAGGGAGCCUGCACGCACUUCUUCCUCAUGUCAAGCGAACACGGAAUAGCAUACGACGGGGGAAAUAAAGGUGCGGGGGGACAGGGCCGUGGAACAGAUGCGGCUGUGAGCCUGGCUCUGAGCGAGAUUAAUGAUUCAGCAUGUCCUCUCUCUCUAUGCUGCCAUGGCGCCCUGGGAUCGCGAUUCUGGAAAGCGGCAGGAAGCAAGAACUAGCAUACGCAAGCCUUUGACGAUGAACUGAAAAUUUUUCUUCUGACGCGUGGCGAUUGCAUUGCUUCUUUUUGUUCCUUUUUUCCCUUUCGGUUCUGUACAGAGGCAAUAGUGCUGCGGCCUAAGCUGCUGGCUACUAAAGUCGCAGCGGUUCCAUAUUUGUCGCCCACGCGGCUUCUAACUGUGCCCAUCCGGUUGGUACAGCGCAGAACUCGUUGGUGGAGACAGUCGGUGAAGUUAAACGACAGGCCAUGACAAGCAGGGAGUCAACCGCCACAAGUUUUAGAUCGAAUGAGCGUGCCU